ACGCGACUUUCAGUGGACUGCCCGCAUUUGGUCUGUAUGCCCGCGCGCCGCCACACCACCACAACUCCUGUUGCACUCGCGUUUUCCGCCGUCGGCAGCGUACGAAACACGACCGCUACGGACGAGCCGCACUCGACCGGUGCAAAAGCGUUCUAGUCGGUUUUUUUUUUUUUUUUUUUUUUUUUUUAUCAUAACUGCGAAGAGGACAGUGGCGCGAAAGGGUAUAGAAAAAUAUUCGACGAAAAAACGAAGCGAAACAAUAACGACAACAUCAACAUCAACACUAAGACGACGACGUCGUCGUUCGCGCGGGACAGUUAGUCCCGUACUGCCGAGCACACACACCGACCAAACGCGCGGAUCAGUGGCCCGGGGAAAGGGUAAGGCGAGCUCGAAGCGCAGCAGCCGGUCGCAGUAGGCAGUCCUCGAUUGGUUCGUCCGCAGGCCGAGAUGAUGGUCUCACGCGGCAUCACUUUGUUGGGAAUGGCCGGUUGGACGUGGAAAAUCGUACUGGCACUGGUCGCGUGCAAUCACCUGGCACUGAUGUGGCCGUUCUUCUUCGCCGUCGGUUGCAAUGCAAAGAUUGAAAAUCAAUUCAAACAGUCUGCGCCUGUUUUACGCGAACGUGGAGUUACACUCACCGAACUUCGUGUACCUAGUUCUGUAAUGGCUGGCGUGAAGUCUGGCGUUGUGCUUGACUGUCUUUACACAUUGCGACCAAACUCGGUUGGGUUAGUAGUGGCAUGGUACUUCAAUAAUAGCGCAAGACCGGUGUACCAGUGGAUUCCUGGACAAAAACCUUUGAGCAUCGGUGUGUUCCGUCAUCGGGCCAAUCUCGACUACAAAGUAUCUGAUGACAAUGAGACCAUGCACAGGGCCUUACAUAUAAUCAAUCCUACUAUCGAGCUGUCCGGUGACUACAGAUGUGUCGUGUCUACUUACCACGAUGAAGAUUUUAUGAUCAAGAGGAUGAUUGUUUACUCUCCAGAAAAGAAAUUCGAGGUUUACCAAAAGAGGGUCAAUAACGAUACUGUACGCGUAACUUGUAUGGUCUCUGGCGUUUACCCGGUCCCUAGACUUACACUUUUCAACAAUUCGGUUAUCGACAAACAGAGCUAUCCAUUAGCUAAUUCUCGCGUCGACAUCAACCGAUUGAAGGAUUCCACCUACGAUGUGAUAAUCAGUGUUCUAAUUUCUAACGAAGAAAUUACCACUCAAUCUACAUUGGACUGCGAACUGAAAAUCCCUGACACCCCGUACGUGAAAAGAAAGACUUUUGUUUUCUUCCAAGAUCCAAACGCUGCUAGCCACACUUGCUCUACAGUAUUCCAUGCCAUUGUGUUCUACUGGGUCUUAAAAGUCAUAGCUUAUUAGACUUGUAUCGAAAAUAAAAAUUAACCGCAAACAAUGUAGUCCAUAAUAUUAAUUUGAUGGAGUAGAAUCAAAUUUUCAU